GUCUCUUCCGAUUCUCACUCAGAAUCGCGUCACUGUUAGAUCUUCCAUUUUCCCGAUACCUUUAACGGUAACUUUCUGGUACCAUUGGGAAUCAGGGGCUAUAAAAAACGCUGAACCUUCUUCGUAACGUUACUUUGCUUGAUCUUCUCUUUCUCUGCGGAAAUGGUUAUGUCUCUCUCUCGGUGUUUUCAUCUGCAUCUCUCUCUCCUCGCCGCGACGGCGACAAUGUUAAUGGUGGUUGCGGCUGCGCAAGCCGGCGGUCAAGUGUUGCAGGUGGAGCUAUGGUGCGUAGCGAAGAACAACGCGGAAGAUUCGUCGCUCCAGACGGCGAUCGAUUGGGCUUGUGGACAAGGCGGCGCCGAUUGCGGCCCGAUCCAGCAAGGUGGACCCUGCAACGACCCGACGGAUAUCCAGAAGAUGGCUUCGUAUGUAUUCAACAAUUACUACCUGAAGAACGGCCUCGCCGAUGAUGCUUGCAAUUUCGACAACAACGCUGCUCUUACUUCUAUCAAUCCCAGUCAAGGAACUUGCAAAUACCCUUCGAGUAAGAGAGUGAGCAAUGGGCGAGUAGCGGAAGACACUUCAAUGGGUGCAGGGCAAGCAGAUAUGAGCCAUGGCAGACGAAUUUCCAGCAAUUGGAUCUUGGCCUUCAUCGGUUUUGGCAGCAUAUUAUUGACGAUGACACGGAUAAUUCAUCUUUAGGCCACACGCACAAGCUCAAUGAUUCAUGAGAAAGUUGCCAUUUUUAUCUAUACCAAACUACCUAUGAAGAAGAUAGGUCUAAUAUCUAAUUUUCUGCCAUCUUUUGACUUUGCGAUCUCGCAUGGAGUCUGUUUCGACAUAAGCUUCAAUGGGAAUUGGUAGUGAUAUUUGUCUUUGUCAAUGAAUAUAUAUAAUGAUGUAAUGUUAUCA